GAAGAGAAGGGAAGGUUUGAUCUCGCGAGACUCGUGCGAGCAAGGGGAAAGGGUGGUGUGUGCGCGUACAAGUUUGGGGUCGGACUGGGCCGCCGCGCCACUUCGGAGAAAGAAUCGAAACUGACGAGAGGGAUCGUGGGCGAGCAACUGUGGGCGGAUCCACUCCCUAUCGCGCCUCCGGCCCUGUUAGCGCUGCGUGACACCGAUGGCGGCUCCUGCGACUGAGGAGGAGACGGCGGCGGCCCCGAGCGGCCUCUCCCCGAAGGAGGAGGGGGAGCUGGAGGACGGAGAAAUCAGCGACGACGACAACAACGAUGGGCCUCCGGAGCCCAGCCACAGAGGAGGAGAUGGCGGCGGCCCCAACGCCACCUCCGCCAGCAGCAGCAAGGGCCCCCCCGCCAGGCGCAGGCCGCCUCCCGAACUGCGGGGCAGCCUGCUGCUCUCCUCGUCGCGCCGCUUCCCUCACUUGCGGCACCAGCCUCCCCCUGCGGCCGGGCACCUCCACGGCCACAGCGGAGGCGGCGGGUACCGGCUGAAGGAGCCUUUCCGGCCGCACCCGCCGCAACCACCGCCUUCGUCUUCCUGCUCGCGGCUGCCGCCCGGUGCGCACUCCGACUCGGGCCCCAGGCUCUCGUUUUGGGAGCGGAGCCACAACGCGCUGGAUCGGUUUCGUUUUCGAGGCCGGCCCUACCGGGGCGGGGGCCGCUGGGGCAGGAGCCGAGGAGGGGUCACCGUUGGAAGGCCCCCGGGAGGAGGGGGUGGCGGCGGCGGCGGCGGGUACAGUGGGAACCAGGGCUGGAGGGAGCCCUCGCCUCGGAAAUCCAAAAUAUUUGGGAAGUCUCCAUCAAGAAAAAACUAUUCAUUUAAAAAUGAUAACUCUGUUGAAGAGAGUUUUGAGGAUCUAUUGCUGAAAUAUAAGCAGAUUCAACUAGAGCUUGAAUAUAUUAAUAAAGAUGAGAAAUUGGCUCUGAAUAAUAAAGAAGAAACUGUUCCACAAGGUGACUCUGAAACAGCUAGUCCCAAGGACCAAAUAACUGUAGAUGAUGUCAGUAUUACAAAGGAUGCUGUGAAUGAAGUAUCUCCUGAGGAGAAGAAUCAAGUGUUAACCUUUCAGGCAUUUGAACUGAAGCCUCUCAGGCAGAAACUGCCAACACUAGCUGAGAGAAGCAAGUUAAAGAAAGUGAAAGAUGGCGCAAAACCACCACCACCACCAAAAUCUGAAUUAUUGGAUGCCAAUCAAGCAGUGGAUGAGAAAGAACAAGGAGAACAAAAACUUAGCCUUUCAGAUGUUGCAGCAGAGAAGAAACUUCUUGAUGAAGAAGAGGAGAUGUCAGAGUUGCAGUUAAGACUACUAGCUCUUCAGUCUGCUAGUAAAAAAUGGCAGCAGAAGGAGCAGCAAGUGAUGAAAGAAAGCAAGGAAAAACUGACUAAGGCAAAAACUGUGCAACCAAAGGUCAAAACCUGUGCUACAAAAUCCCAUUCUGCCAAAAAGACCAGCACUGCAGCUAAGCAAGCAUUAAGGAAACAGCAAACGAAAGUGUGGAAGAAACUGCAGCAGCAGAAGGAACAAGAAAGGCGGCAAAAGGAAGAGGAACAGCGAAAGCAAGAGGAAGAGGAAGAAAGGAGGAAACGGGAAGAGGAAAUCAGAAAAAUUCGUGACCUUUCAAAUCAAGAAGAACAGUACAAUAGGUUCAUGAAGUUGGUUGGGGGAAAAAGGAGAUCAGGAGGCAAGUCCUCAGAUAAAGACUUGAGAUGGUCAUUAGAUAAGCAAUCGACUGAGAGUGCAGGAGGGAUCUAUCAGUAUGACAAUUACGAUGAAGUUGCUAUGGACACAGAAAGUGAAACUAAUUCUCCUGCAUCUUCUCCAGUCCAGCCUCCAUACUUUGAAUGUCCUGUUGGCUACUUUCCUCCUGCCCUUCCACAAAUGUCACUGCCUCUUGCACCACCAGUUUCAACUCUGCCACCAAUGAAUCAGAUGUAUAUGGAAGAUAUUUCAAGUGUUUCUCUGGAGUCUUUACCACCCCUUCCUCCUCUUCCACCUGAAGAACCUGAACAACCACCUAAGCCUCCAUUUGCAGAUGAAGAGGAGGAAGAAGAGAUGUUGCUACGAGAAGAGUUGCUUAAAUCUCUAGCAAACAAACGAGCUUUUAAACCAGAGGAGAACUCAAAUAAUAAUGGUCCACCUUCACCACCGUUUCCCAUUAAUUCCUAUUCUGUGCCAAGAAGCAACCUUUCAGCAGUCAGUAUUAAUACAGUGUCUCAACCUCGUGUAAAAAACACAAAGAUCAUUCGAGUUCCAAGAGCUCCACGAACAGUAAUUGCGCUUCCAAAGCACAAAUCAGUGGUGGUUACAUUGAAUGAUUCAGAUGACAGUGAAUCAGAUGCAGAACAACCUAACUCUGCUACUAGUGUGUUUGGUGGCCUAGAAUCUAUGAUCAAAGAAGCUAGAAGAACUGUGGAGGCAUCAAAACCCAAAGCACCUUUAAAGUCGGAAAAAGAAAAUAAUCCCAUGAAAACCCCUGAGGCCUUACCAGAAGAUAAAAAGAUAGAGUAUAGACUCUUAAAAGAAGAGAUUGCCAGUCGGGAGAAGCAACGCUUGAUAAUAUCCGAACCUUUGAAAACCAGUUCCUCACCAGUUAAUUCUGAUGCUGAAGUUGACGGAGCUGGUAGGAUAGCGAUAGUAACAAAACAGGUUACAGAUGCAGAGGCAAAACUAAAAAAACACAAACUUCUCUUGUUGAAAGAUGAGUCUGUGUUGAAACAUCUUCUACAACAAGAAGCAAAGAAGAAGGAGUCAGUUCGUCUUGCUGAAAGCAAGAUUGCCAAACUUAACGAGCAGCUGCAAGCAGCAGCAAAGAUAUUGAAUGCUAACAAAGUGUUUCUGAAGAAGCUUCAAGAACAACAUUUUCUGAAGACUGUUGAAAUGCUUCAGAUUCACAGAGUACAGCAGCGGGUAACAGUGAAGAAAGCACUAGCAUUAAAGUAUGGAGAGGAACUUGCUCGAGCAAAAGCACUGGCUAGCAAAGAAAUUGGAAAACGAAAACUUGAUCAUCAUGAUUUUUGCCCAAACAAAAUAUUGAAAAUGGAGAAUUCUCCUUCAUCAAGCCCCAAAAAACAUUCAGCAGAGCUGAUUGCACUGGAGAAAAAAAGACUACAGCAACUGCAGUAUGAGUAUGCUUUAAAAAUUCAGCAACUGAAAGAGGCCCAAGCACAUCAGAUGAAGGACCGAUCAAAUGUUGUUCCCAUUGCAGAAGAGGAACCUGAAUUUGCACUACCUCAGCCCUCCCUUCAUGAUCUAACACAAGAUAAAUUGACCUUGGAUAUUGAAGAGAAUUAUUUUGAUGAUGAAAUUUUGUCCAAUUCAAAUAGAGAACGAAGGAGGUCUUUCAGAGAAUCGGGUUCUUUUACUAAACCUAAUCUUAAGCAUGUGGAGACCCCUAAGCAAGAAACUGCAAACAAACUUGCUAAAAAGACACUUGAACAACCAGAACUCUUUCUAGGUCUGAAUAUCGAUGAACUGAAAAAGCUUUAUGUGAAAGCUGAUGGCUUAAAGCAGGUCUUGGAAAAAAGUGCAACUCUGAUAGCAUCUAAUGAAGGGAACUCAUGUGGUCAGGAAAUAACAGUGGAUGUUGACCCUUUCACAGUUCAAAGUGAACAAACGGAAGGGAAGCCAUACCCAUUUGGACCAUACCAUAGCCCACUUCUUGUUUUUAAAUCUUACAGGUUUAGUCCUUAUUUUCGAACAAAAGAGAAGCUUUACCUCAGUUCAGUAUCCUACAGCAAUAUGAUUGAGCCAAAACAGUGUUUCUGCCGUUUUGAUCUAACGGGCACAUGCAAUGACGAUGAUUGUCAGUGGCAACACAUGAAAGAUUGUAGUCUCAGCCGAAGGCAAUUGUUUGAGGAUGUACUUUCUUACAACUUAGCUUUGAUAGGCUGUUCAGAAAAAAACACUGAUGAGGAGAUAAGUGCUGCAACAGAAAAAUACGUUGAAAAACUUUUUGGCGUAAACAAAGACCGUAUGUCAAUGGAUCAAAUGGCUGUUCUUCUUGUUAGCAAUAUCAAUGAAAGCAAAAGUCAUACCCCUCCAUUUACAACUUGGAAGGACAAAAGGAAAUGGAGACCCAAGUAUUCAAAAAAAACUACUUUGGGCAGUGGUUCUAGCAGUGAAGAGGACCAGUCCUCUGGCCCUAUUAAAUAUGCUCCUGCAGUAGAAAACAAAAUAAGGGCUCCAGCUCUGGAUGCUGUUGUGACUCCCGAUGAUGUUAGGUAUUUUACGAAUGAGACCGAUGACAUUUCUAACCUGGAGGCAAGCGUACUUGAGAACCCUUAUAACGUUCAGCUUUGGAUCAAAUUGGCAUACAAGUAUCUGAAUCAAAAUGAAGGUUCAUCAUCGGAGUGUUUGGAUUCCUCUUUGAAUGUAUUGGCCCGAGCACUAGAGAACAACAAAGAAAAUUCUGAAAUCUGGUGUCAUUAUCUCAAGCUGUUUUCAAAAAGAGGAACCAAAGAAGAAGUGCAGGAAAUGUGUGAGACAGCAGUGGAAUAUGCCCCUACUUACACUAUCUGGUGGACUUUUCUAAAUCUGGAAAACACCUUUGAUGGCAAGGAUUAUGUAUGUGGAAGAAUGCUACAGUUCCUAAUGGAAAGGCCCAAGUGUGAAGAGAACUUGGAUCUUCAGUCCUUUCAGUUGCUGGAGAUGCUGCUGUAUAGAGUUAACCUAAGCCUCUUUACUGGGAAACAGCAAAAUGCUGUUGCAUUAUUCCAGAAUGCUCUGAAGUCAGCAAGUGAUAAGGUUAUAGUGCAGCACCUCACUGUAAGUGACCGUUGCUUAGCUUGGCUAUCCUACAUACAUCUAAUUGAAUUUGGUGGACUCCCUGCCAAGUUCUAUGAUCCUGGCAAUAGCAACCCUUCAAAAAUGAUGAAGAAGGAACCAUUUUUAAUACCUUGGAAAACCACUGAAGAUGUGAAAACUAAUCAUGAUAUGUUGUUAGCUGUAUUUGAAGAUGCUAUCCAGUCAUGUUCAAGUGAGGAUAUUUCAGCUAGUGAAAGAGUAGCACUCUGCCUUCCACUGUACAGAAACCUGAUUGCCUUGCAGCAGCUUCUGGAAAAGUGGGAGGAUGCUAUUGAGCUUUGUAUAUCUCUCUUAAAAUUGAGCCCGGUUGACUGUCAGUUGUUGGAAGCUCUGGUUGCUUUGUACUUGAGGACAGAUCAAAUUGAGAGGGCUUGUGAUGUAUGGCUUACAGCAUUUGAGAGGAAUCCUCAGAAUGCCCAAGUUUUCUUUCAUAUGUGCAAAUUCUUCAUAUUGCAGAAUAGAUCAGACAGCAUUCCACCACUGCUACAAGCUUUUGUUGCAGCAUUCUUUAAGUGUGUACAUCAAGAGAAUACUCCAGUAGAACUGUUAAGAUAUUUUUUGAAUUUUCCUGUGCCAAUUGAAUUCACACCACCUUUGUAUAAGGGCGGUUUUACAGAAGAAGUUGUAAACCAGCAAAUUCCUUACUUGUGGCAAAUAUACUGUUUAUACCAGUCUCUUCAUGGAAGUUCUGGAGAAGCAGCAGAUGCUUAUGAGGCAGCUCUGGGAGCAGUUAUGCAAGAGGAAAUAGUUCAACAUAUUUGGAUGGACUACCUUAUUUUUAUCAAUGGCAAAGUUGUCAGAUCCAACAAUCAAGUUCAAGAAUUCAAGCUUUUUAGUGAUCUUGUGAACAGAUGUCUUGUUACAGUUCCUACCCGUUACCCUAUUCCAUUUAGCACUGCUGAUUACUGGACCAGCUAUGAGUUUCAUAACAAGGUUAUUUUCUUUUAUUUGAGUUGUAUUCCAAAGUCUCAGCAUUCCAAAGCCUUGGAACGAUUUUGUUCUACUAUGCCAGCUAACCCUGGACUGGCAUUAAGGCUGCUUCAACAAUAUUGGGAAGAGAGCAAUGUUCAGAUUCUGAAACUGCAAGCCAAGAUGUUUACAUAUAAUAUCCCAACAUGCCUGCCCAUCUGGAAAAUAGCCAUUGCUGCCGAGUGCUUUCUAAAGGGACAGAGAGAGGUCCAUCACUUAUAUCAGAGAGCCUUUCAGAAGUUACCUCUAUGUGCAACCCUGUGGAAAGAUCAGCUCCUGUUUGAAGCAUCAGGAGGAGGUAAAACUGAUAACCUGAGAAAACUAGUUUCCAAGUGCCAAGAGGUUGGAGUCAGCCUAGAUGAGCUUUUAAAUUUAAACACUUUCAGAACAGAAAGCACGAAUCGCUGAACACUGGGUGCAGUCAGUGCUAAAUCCUAUUAAAUGCCAAAAUCAUUUGAAUGAUUCUCCAGGCUGAUCUCUGGCUUUAGGCCUGCAUAAAGCAGAUGAGCCAUGCUGAGCAUAUCAAGUCUCUCUGGUCUGCUUUCCUCGAACCUGGAAACAUUUAACAUGGCCGCCUCCUUGGAUAAAUGAACUCCCUGUAUGGCCUGCUUCUGGGCCCUGCCAGACUCUCAUAACAUCAUGUACGUAAGUAUAGUUCAUCCCAAUGACAGACUAUAAAUGUGUUAGUUUUUUUUAUUUUCCACUUUUCAUUUUCUUUCUUUUUGUGCUGUUCCUGAUUUCACUUGACGCUCGCACUGAUGCCUGAGAGAUCUGUGUUAGGAGCUAAUAACAUAGGCUGUGUUUACAUUUUUUUAAAAAAAACCCAAGCAGUCCACUUUAGAUUUUUUUUCCCAUUUAGGGGGGGCGGGGAGGCGGGAGAUUUGUUUUUGUUGCAGGAUUUCAAACAAAAGUAGCUGCUCUUAAGGAAAACAACUGCCAUGGCCGCAAGUAUGCUUUUUGCACUUGAAGGCUGUAUGAGGGUUAUUUACUACCCUUUCUGCAUCCUGGACUUGUGGCAGAGACUUCUUAGACUUGAAGAUUAAAGAUACCAUUGCAAAUGCCAGUGCAUCAGAACCGAAGAGUGGUCAAUUUAUUAUGUGCAAUUUUUUGUAAAGAAAUUUUAAUUUAUAAUAAAAGUUUAACAGUUAAUAAUAUUGAACUGAUUUGUAUUAAGAUACUACACUGUAGUAUUGCUAUUGUUUAUACAAAGAUAUUUUGAAUAUAAGUUUUUAAAAAUCUA